AUGGCGAGUGACCUCGUAGUCGGGAUGAUCUAUAACUUAUUACUACCUUUUCUCCUGCUGACGGCAUCCAUUUUCCGAUACAACGGACUGUCAGUGGUGUAUUUUGUGUUUGUGCUGACACUGCCGCUGCUCCCAAAUCCCAGCUUGGUCACCAUGAAAGGUAAAACCGGAGAGUUCAUGCGGCUGCUGACGUACACAAGUUUGACGUUUCUGUCGCUUCAGUGUUUCAUGCAGAUCCCCUUUGCUUACAUUCCGCCUCACGCGACUGGUGUCUGGGAACAUGUCUUGUACCAUCUUGGCAUUGUAAGAUUCAAACUAGUCGAUCCUGGGAACAUUGUCCGACUCCUCGCCCCUGACCUGGGCCUCUUCAUCGCCUCUCUCUUCAUUAUAAGACUGUGUAAGAAGCUGCUGCGUGCUGCCCCUCCAGUUAAUCUCCAUGAGAACGGCAUCCCGCCCUCUGACCCUGAGGAAGUGGAAACAUCCGACACAGAAUCUGAGGCAGAGAGCGAGACCGAGGGCUCGUCCUUUGACAGCUCAGAUGACAGCACUCAGCAGGUUCAGACGGGCCCACCUCAGUUUGUCCAGAAGCUGAUCGUGUUUGCUGCUGGGCUGAGGCUGCUGUUGUCAGCCAUCAUGAAUACAGCUGCCAAAGUGGUGGUGACUCUACUGCUCGGUCUAGCAGGGAUUAUACUGCCCUCUCUUACCUCCAGCGUGUAUUUUGCACUGUUUCUUGCCUUGGUCUGGUGGUGGGUGUUCAGUCGAUCCAUCAGUCUGCUCAUCUUCAGUUCUCUGUGCGUGAUGAUGGCCAUCUUCAGCGGAGGACACCUGCUGGUCUUGUACCUCUACCAGCUGCCUCUGUUCCAACAGCUCGUCCCACCAGACGACGUCUAUGCAAGACUGUUCGGGAUGAUAGGAGUGAUCCGGACCAACAGCUCUGAACCGUACAGUCUACGUCUACAGCCACGAGUCUGCUGGCCAGACUUCAUCAAUCCCCUGGUUCUGCUGCUGCUAUAUUACACCCUGGUGGCUCUGCUGCAUAAAUGGGUUCACAUCUCAGACGACAGGGAUACUGACGAUGAAGACAUUGAAAGUGAACUGGGAACUCCAGAAAUUCCACCAAGCUUCUCCAGAGUCAUCUUCACCACUGGAGACAAGCACGAGCUUUUGAGCAGCACUGAUGACGAAACCUAUUUACCAGAUGAGCCCAUGAUCUUAAUGACAGGCCCUUGGUCAGAUGGCCCCAGAAAUGACCUUGGCUCUCUGUUAGGAGGUGCUGGCUACACCAACUGUUACCCUGUAACACAAUAUGAAGACCAAGACUCACCCUCACAUGCGUCAAACACUGAACUCAAGACUGAAAAGAGUGAAGAAGUGAGUGACGAAUCACUUCCAGCUUCAGGACCAAGUGCCCUGGUCAUCGUCGGUCUCCUGGUGCAGAAACACAGCUACGUCUGUGCUUUGAUCAUCAUGAUGGUAUGGAGCAUCACCUACAACAACUGGUUAACCUUCGCCCUGCUGGUGUGGUCCUGUAUCAUCUGGAUGAUGAGGGACCGACGUCGAUAUGCCAUGAUUUCGGCACCAUUUCUGGCCAUCUACGGUACUGUCUUGGUCGUGCUGGGCUUCCUGAGCGGGUUGCGGCUGAGUCGCGCUGAACUGUACCCGGGGCUGCCUCUUGCCGUCAUCGCUGACUUUGACCUCAACAGCUACCACCCUGCUCCGUGUAUCCACCUGGGAGCAAAGGUUUUUUACAACUUCAACUUCUGGUUGAUGUUUCGCCAGCAUCUUAAGGAAAGGCAGGAGGAACAAAACUUGAAAGCAGAAUCCCUGGAUGAAGUUAAAGUUGUGCAGUCUGAAGAAACCGCUCAAUCCCCAGUGGUGGCGAUGCUCAUCUCUGGAGUCAAAGGGUUGCUGGUGAAAUACUGGAUCCUCUUCUGCUGCUCCAUGUUCUUUGUUGUCAGCUUCUCUGGAAAGGUGAUGGUUUACAAGAUCCUCUACAUUGUUCUCUUCCUCUCCUUUGUGGUCCUGUACCAGGUUCGAUAUGAUUUGUGGCGCCGGUUUCUGAAGACAUUCUGGGCUGUGGUGGUGGGCUACUCCAUGGUGGUCUUGAUAGCCAUCUACAUGUACCAGUUCAGAAGUGUGUCUGGCCUCUUCAAACAGAUUAUGGGCAUGUCAGAGGAUGGCCUACGUGAUCUGGGUUUGGAGCGCUAUGACACAGUGGAGCUGUUUGCCCGUAUCUUGCUUCCUGCAGCCUUUUUGUUGGCCUGUAUUCUCCAGCUGCAUUACUUCAACCCUGACUUCCUGGCUCUCACAAACCUCGACAACAUACCUGUCAGAGAGGUUUCCAGGGAAGAAGAGUUGAAGAGUUCAGUGAAUGCUAUUUCUGACAUAAUCAAGGAAAAUAUAGACAAAAUCAGGCAAAAGCUUGUGAAGGAGAGUGUUGAAGUUGGGAAAAGUCAGGAGACACUUGACAGUCUUGGACUGCAGGAAUCUAUUGAGAAGGAACCUGAGAAACAUCAGGAGAUGGGAGAGGAAGAGGCUGCUCCCAGCAGUCCUGAAGACAAGUGGAUUCUGAUAGUGGACCGGGCCAGUCUGCUCCUGAUUCAAGGCCUCUCAGGACUCCACAGACUCCAAGAUCUGUGCUGGAGAAUCAUGGAGCUUCACAGUUUUAAAAUUGUAUCUUCAGGCAUCAUUUGGGUGUCACUGCAAGAGGUUUCUCUGAUGAACCUGCUCUUCCUGGUUCUUUGGGUGUUUGCACUACCAUUUCCUCGGUUACGGUCGUCAGCAUCCAACAUUUCUGCAGUGUGGGCAUGUGUCAUGGUCGUGUGCAAAAUGUUCUACCAGCUUAAAGUCAUCAAACCUCUGGAUUACUCUCCCAACUGCACUGCUAGUCUAGUGCUGUCCAACCAUUCCAUCUUGGAUUAUGGGUCUGAAAUGAAGGGAAACAUGAUGGAACUUCUGAGGAGGUCCAUUCUCUACGUGGAGCCUGUGGAUCCGGUAUACUGGUGUGGAGCUCUGCGCAAGUGUGAGGGCAAGAUCCUUCCAUGUCUGAGGAACCAUCUGAUGGUGCUUGGCUUGCUGGCUUUCGAGGCCACAAUCCACCGCCAUCAGUUUUACUUUCGGAUGCAUAAUAGCCUGAAGGCGCCGCCCUUCAGCAUCAUCUUCCAUGGCAUCACCAGGCAGCACCUGGACCAUGGCAUCCUGCCCUGCAUUAAGUACUACAUCAACUUCUGCUUCUACAAGUUUGGACUGGAGAUUAGCUUAAUCGUGGCGGUCAAUGUGAUCGGUCAGCGGAUGGAUUUCUAUGCCCUCCUCCAUUCCUGCGCCUUGCUAGUGGUUCUGUCAAGGCGGCGGAGGAAAGCCAUCGGAGAGGUGUGGCCUAUAUACUGCUGCUUCACAGCGGGACUCAUGGUGUUGCAGUACCUGCUCUGCAUUGGAAUCCCCCCGGCUUUUUGUGUUGAUUACCCAUGGAGGACAGCAGUUCAACCUUUGACAUCCAAUGUUAUAAAAUGGUUUUAUCUACCAGACUUCGCUAUGAAGCCGAAUCCGUCUUUCAUAUUCUACGACCACCUCCUUCUGCUCUGCUCGUCCCUGCAGUGGCAAGUGUUUGAGGAGGAAAACCGGGCGGCUGUGCGGCUGCUGGCUGGGGACAACGUUGAGAUCAGCCGAAGUUUGGAUCCAUGUUCCUUCAACAAGUUCAUCCCUGUCAAUAACUUUCUUCACUGCAGGUGCUACCUGGACAUGGUGAAGGUGUUUGUGUUCAGUUAUUUCUUCUGGCUGGUGCUCUGUCUCAUCUUCAUCACGGGGACCACCAGGAUCAACAUCUUCUGUCUGGGUUAUCUUGUGGCCUGCUUCUACUUCAUGCUGUUUGGAGGCAGCGUGCUGAUGCAGCCAGUCCGAUACAUCCUGCGACUGUGGGACUGGCUCAUCGGCUACACCUGCUUCGUCAUCGCCAUGAAGAACCUGCUGUCCCUCGGCUCCUGUGGUUACCUGGACAGCCUGUUGAAGAACGGCUGCUGGUUGAUUCAGGCUUUCAGCAUGUUCUGCACAAUCAAAGGUUAUGAUGUCCCUGCACCUGAUGAUGAGUGUGAGCUUCCUGAAGGUGAAGCUGGAAUAGUCUGGGAUGCCAUUUGCUUCACUGUGCUCCUGGCCCAGAGGAGAGUCUUCCUCAGUUACUACUUUCUUUAUGUGGUGUCUGAACUCAGGGCUUCAAAGAUUUUGGCCUCCAGAGGCGCUGAGCUGUUUGAGGCCAAAGUGAAGAAGCUGGUCGCAGCCAGACUGGAGAUGGAGAAGAAAUCUGUGGAGGCUUUGAAGAAGCAGAUGGAGAAAAUCAAAUCAAAACAGAGACCAGCACAAAAGAACAAACCGGAAAUUCCUGCUGAUCAGUUGGCACUGGAUGCAGAGGCAAAAGCGAAACGGGAUGCUGGUAAAUGGUGGAAACCCUGGGUCUCUUCACCUGGAGUGGAGAACAACUGCGGUUAUCAUCUGUUUGAGAGCGACAGCGAGGAAGAGGAGGAAGAAGCUGUGGAGAAAAAAGAAGAGGAGGAACCACCAAAGAAGAAAUCUGCUUUCCAGUUGGCCUACAACGCAUGGGUGACCAGCUCUAAAUCAGCUCUCAAAGAUUUAAAGAAAGAGAAGAGCACUUUCAAGAAAGUGGAGAAGAAGAAGGCGAAGAAAGAGCUUCAGAGACAGCAGGGUAUUGACAGGGCAGACUCCAGCGAGGAUGAAUUAGAGGAAGCUACAUUGGAAGAGGACGGGGAGGAAGAGAAAGAAAACAUUCUUCAGCGCGUCAUCAGCACGCUGAAAUUCAGCUUCGCGCUUCUCCAGUCACUUCUGGAUGACCUCACGGAGGGAUUGAACUCAUUCUGUAAAGACAACCUGGACAUUUCUAAAGUUCUGCGGUUUGAAAGAGCGUUGCUAAACCAGCAACAGAAGAAGGGCAAAGAGGUGAGCCAGGAGAGUGUCAAGCAGUUUUAUGAAAACUGGUUAUCUCGUCAGAACACAGUGUCAUCUCAGGAUGACCUGGAUGAGACCGUUCCUCCUCCCUCAUCACCCCCGGUCGUCUUCUCCUCCAAUAUUGCCUACAACAAGCUAAAGAGCCAGGCGUCCAAACUGUCAUGGGGCAGCAGUGUUUCCAGCUGCAUGACGGAUGAGACGCUGCUGGUCUCCAGACAGCCGACCCAGGAGGAGCUGGAUGAUCCUCCAGUCGCUCCAGCCACUGAGCACCUUAAAAGAAGACUCGUGAAAUCUGCUAACGUCGAUAUGAUGUCCUUUGAAAGCAGUGAGCUCUCACCAAGCUGCGAGGAACACACAAAAAAACUCCUGGAAAGGGAGGAAGAGGAGAAAGCAGACAUUGAGGAGGAGCUACACCAAGAAGAGACUGAUUUCCCAAAACAACAAUGUGAAGAUGAAGAUGAUGAGGAGAAAGAUGAAGAGUUACAGCAGAGACAGGAAGACGACGAUCCUGGAGACAUUUCUGAAGCUGAUGAAGAAAAAAGCCUGGCUACCUGUGAAUCACCCAGACCGCUGACUCAGGAGACGAGGAACCUCACUGCCAGCGAGCUUCUGCUGAACAACAUGUUUGAAAGCGAUGAGAUCACAGAGUCCGACAAGUUCUUUUUGACGCUCCCCCGGCCACUGAAGCUUCUGUUCGCCCUCUACAACACCAUGGUGUCCAAGUCAGAGAUGCUCUGCUAUUUCGUCAUCAUCUUGAAUCACAUUGUGUCAGCGUCGCUCCUCUCUCUCAUCCUGCCCAUCCUUAUCUUCCUCUGGGCCAUGUUGUCGGUACCCCGACCCACCAAGCGCUUCUGGAUGACGGCUAUCAUCUACACUGAGCUGACUGUGGUGGUGAAGUACUUUUUCCAGUUCGGCUUCUUCCCGUGGACCACCUCGGCAUACCGUGGCAUCAACGCAGAGCGACCCUUUGCGCUGCCAAACAUCAUCGGUGUAGAGAAGAAAAAUGGUUACGUCCUUUUUGACCUGAUUCAACUGCUGGCGCUGUUCUUCCACAGGUCCAUUCUGAAGUGUCACGGUCUGUGGGACAACAAGGAGGUGGAGAUGCCUGACUUCUUCAAGAAAAUGAAGAAAAAAGUGGACAAGAAGAAGAUGACAGGAGGGGAGAAGUUAGGCAACAAAGAGAGGCGCCUGAUGAAGUUUCUGCCUCUCCAGAGCUCCAGCAGCUCCAUAUUCCGCAGAGGAAAGAAAGAUGAUGGAUCUGAAGAGAAACCAAAGAAGCAGAAGAAGAAAAGGCGACAACACAAAGCUCCCCUGACCAGGAAGCAGAGGAUCAGACAGCUGAUCAGAGAGAGGAUGCUUCAGGCCAAGGCUGCUGUCAUUGAAGUAGCACUACACAUCUACUUGCCCAUCAGGCAGUUCUUCUAUGACAUCAUCCACCCAGAGUACAGCCCUGUGUGUGACGUGUACGCCCUUAUGUUCCUCAUAGAUGUUGUCAACUUUAUUGUCACUAUAUAUGGAUACUGGGCUUUCGGGAAAUACUCUGCUGCCGUGGACAUCACCGAGUCCUUGUCCGAGGACCAAGUCCCCGAAGCCUUCCUGGUCAUGCUGCUGAUCCAGUUUGGAACCAUGAUUGUGGACCGGGCCCUCUACCUGAAGAAAUCCUUGCUGGGGAAGUGUGUUUUCCAGGUGGUCCUGGUGUUUGGAAUUCACUUUUGGAUGUUUUUCAUCCUGCCAGGGGUCACUGAAAGGAGAUUCAACAGGAACCCGGUAGCUCAACUCUGGUACUUUGUCAAGUGUAUUUACUUUGGCCUGUCUGCGUACCAGAUCAAAUGUGGCUAUCCAAACCGUAUUUUAGGAAACUUCCUCACCAAGAACUACAAUUAUCUGAACCUCUUCUUAUUCCAGGGGUUCCGAAUGGUUCCCUUUCUGACUGAGUUGAGGGCAGUGAUGGACUGGGUUUGGACCGACACCACUCUGUCUCUCUCCAGUUGGAUUUGUGUUGAAGACAUUUAUGCUAAUAUCUUCAUCCUUAAAUGUUGGCGAGAGUCUGAGAAGAAAUACCCGCAGCCUCCGGGACAGAAGAAGAAGAAGGUGGUCAAGUAUGGAAUGGGAGGAUUCAUCAUCUUCGCCCUCAUCAGCAUCAUCUGGUUCCCACUUCUCUUCAUGUCGUUGGUCCAGUCAGCCGCCGGCGUGACCAACCCACCCGUCGACGUCUCCAUCGAGCUCAGCAUCGCAGGAUAUGAGCCUCUGUUCAGCAUGAGCGCUCAGGAGCAGAACCUGGUUCCAUACUCACAAGGAGGCUUGAACCGGCUCACCAAAAUAUAUGCAACCCAUCCAGGAGCGAUGCAGUUCAUCAUGAACUACGGACAUGAAGACAUUUUAGUUGCAAAAAUCAAGAGCGACGCCAGUCUGCUGUGGAGCAUCAGUCCAGCCAGUCGAGAGGCGAUGAUCCAGGAGCUGAGCAACUCCUCCCACAUUUACAUGACCUUACGGUGGACGCUGCUCAGGAAUGCCUCAAUAUCAAUGAACGCAGAGACGGUGGGAGAAAACACAGUGAAAUUUGAGGACAAAACUCUGAAGGAUGGAAUCGUCAGGAUGCUUCAGGGGAACAGCAGCGCACCUAUCAUCAUUCAUUCCCUGCUGCCAAAGUUCAUCCGGGGUCCUAAAGGACCGGAAUCCAAAAUGGCCACCAGGAUGAAUGUCGAUACACUGACACGCCAAAGCCUUUGUUAUUUCUCAGAGCACUCGGACCAGCGGACACUGGCUUUCUUCCGGCCCAUGUCAAUCAAACUCCAACAGUCCACUGGGUCCCCAGGGAGGGAGGCUGACCAGUGGUGGGUGGUGGAAGAGUGCCCCCCUCUUCCUGUCUACUCUGACUACAAGUGUCGCAACAUCGAGAUAGUGGUGAUCAGCGACAAAGUCAGCCCCUCAAGUCUGGGAUUUCUGGCUGGACACGGCAUCGUGGGCCUGUACAUGUCCGUGGUUUUGGUCAUCGGCAAAUUUGUCCGUGAAUUCUUCAACGGAAUCUCGAGGUCCAUCAUGUUUGAGGAGCUGCCGUGUGUGGACAGAGUCCUGAAACUCUGCACAGACAUUUUUGUGGUCAGGGAAACCGGAGAAAUGGAGCUGGAGGAGACGCUGUUUGAGAAGCUCAUUUUCCUCUACAGAUCGCCAGAGACCAUGAUCAAAAUGACCAGAGAGAAGAAAGACAGCUAG